GGGUCGGUGGAGGUGGACCACCGCGACAGCAGUUGCAGCCUGUCGCAAGGCGUAGUGCGAGACCGGGCGCGGUCGCGGUCGGCCGAUCGUGGACGGCAUGGGCCCGGACCAUAUUCCGAAGGGCGCACGGGCUACGGGCGGCCAUCACCAGCACAGGCGCGGGGCGUGGGGUACGAACGCGACCGGCUCCGUGGAGACUACGAGCGCGACCGCGAGUGGGACCGCAGCGGCGGGCGGUAUCAGUGGACGCAUGCAGAGCUACGAUGGCGGGUUCCACGACUCGCAGGCACGGCACUACGGGCGUGGGGCGCGCAGCCAGGACCCGUAUGCGCGCAGCUCGCGGUACCAGGUGCCAGCGUACAUGCGGCGGAGCACCGAACCGAGCGACUCGCUAGAGGAGGGCGAGCUGGACAUUGACGACCGCAUCUCGCGCAGGACCAGCAACCCAAAUGCAAUUCCGGUAGCGCCUCGGCAGUUCAGAGCUGGACGCGAGACGGUGAGUCCAAGCCAGCGCAGGACAGGACUAGGAUUUAGGAACGAGCGGCGGUCGCCUCGGCCACUGGCAAGCCAGGAGUCGGCGUUCAGUUCACAGCCGGCAUUCAUCGACCGGCGGAGAUCGUCGGGCUCGGGAUCAGCACCACGAUCAACACAGGCGAGCAGACAGAAUACGCCUUCACCGCGGCGGCACACGCCUCUAGUCGAGUCGCCUGAGACAGAGGAAAUCAGGAUCACCGAUAGCCAAGCACCCAGCGGUGAUGAGGGCGAGCGCACAGCAAAUGCACCUGCAGCAAGCACAUCAGAGUUACCACGGCGCCACUUGGAGACGCGGCUAUCUGACAUUGACCGGGAAAUUGCCGAGUGCCAGGAGAAGCUAGUGAUGAUCUCGUCGACCAGUUCGAAAGCACCAGCGGCAGCACCGGCAAGCCAGCAGCGCGGCUCCAAUGACCGCGCAGUACCCGCAUCACCACCAAUCAAAGCUAGUGGCCCGGGCGCCAGGGCAGCCGAGUCGGGUGUGGAGAUCAUCGAUGGGUCUAGCCGUGGAGAAGGAGGUGGAUCCGGUGCCCAAGCAGAUGCGGGAGGGGAGAAGGACGAGUCGGAGCACGCAGCUUCAGUUGUUCCACAGGUUGUGUCGGACAAGACCAAGGCAGCAUUUUCAGGGGGACACGCAUCAGAUGGCAGCGGACGAUGAGGCACAGUUGGGCGAGGGUGAUGCAGGCGGGUUCGGGCUUGAUAGCAGCAGUGAUGCGGACGACAGCGACGGCGACGGCGACAGCAGCAGGCGCCGGGUUCGGCACCGCAAAGACAGCAUGCGGGCAAUCAUCAACGACGUGUACAGCGAGAACCAGCGCAAGGCAGGCCGAGGUGCAAGCGUCGAUGGCGGCGCCGUUCCUGACUGCCUUCCCCAGCUUUGUUCCAGGAUCAUACCCGAGUCCCAGCGACU